AUGAACUCUGGAUUCGUAUCUAUAGAUAAGGACGGAAGUUGGGUUUGCACUGGCGGACAUAAGCACAAAACAAAGCAUCAUCCAGAUCCUGUGAAACCUAGAAAUUUAUUUGAAGUCUAUGGACAACAACCAAGAGAAGAUGCUAGGAUGCAGCAUAACCAGGUGGAAGAAUAUGGGCAACAAGAUUUAGAUGAGACUGUUAUCGAUCAUGAUGACGACGACAUGGUCUGGGUUAGACAAGGUGUUGUUGGAACCACAGUUCAUGGUUAUGAUGAUGAAUGA